AUGGCCCUGGGUUCUACUUCGAUAUCCGGGCUACACCCCAUUUUCCCCUAUGACGUUGACAACGAAGAUGAGGAAGAGGUUGAUCAACUGGACUCGGACCUCGAUGACGAGGACGAAGUGCCUUUCAACGACACGAAUCCUUCCACCAAGACACGUCCACGGAAGACUGGAGAACGCAUUCCAGGGCACACCCUCAUACCAACUUCGCGUGUCGAAAAUAUAUUACAUGCCGAUGGUGGUGGUGGACAUAUGUCCAAGGAGGCGUUAUUUAUGCUCUCUGUUGCCACCGAAGAGUUUGUGAAGCGACUAGCGGAGGCUGGCCAGCGUAUAGCCAAUUCUUCUCGACGUUCGGUGCUUCUCUCUCCAGCGUCUGUCACUCGAAACUAUCCGGAAUUCACAUUCCUUAAUGACAUGAUACCCCCUCCUAUGACUCUGGCGCAAGCAUUGGAGCUAAGAGCAACGAGAGCAAAAGAGCUUGCAGACGAUGAUCCGGCAAUAGCGCCUGCGGUGGUUCAAUCUACGCUUCUUGUUUCAUCCGCCUCUCAAGGUCUUUCACAACAUCCAAAAAUUAAAGCCAAUAGGAGUCGUCAGACGAACGGCCGGGAAAAAACGAACGGAUCAGCUAGCGCGAGUAGUUCUCGCCGCCAGCGAGACAGCAGAGGAAGAUGGAGUCAGAAUGACCAAACGAAUGGCGCAGGCGAUAGCGAUGGCGUCAGCACGAAUGCGGUCACUAGGCCGAGUAGUGCGCGAAUCAGAGGCCGGUCAGCCCGAGUAUCAGACACCCGGCAAGUCGCACCCUCAAAUGGCUAUCAGAAUGGGGUGUCGCCUACAUCGUGGGGCGCGAUGCUGCCGCCACCUAGCUCUCCAGCUGCACCCCGCAACACUCGACUUGAUGGCGCUACGCUCCAUUCGAUUUCAGGCGUACACUCCGAUGAUUCAUGGUCACCACCUCAAUACACUGAUCCCGCGAGCGCAUAUAUCGAAGAUCACCGAAUCGCGGUCAACAGUAUUAGGGGUAAUGGCAUGACGGACGCACCUGGACGGACUAUAUACUCGCAGCAGCGACCUCCACAGCCGAAUAAUAGGUGA